AUUUGCGUAAACAAAAAAAAAAACAAAAAAGGGAGUACUAAUUUUUUAAGUAAAAUUUUUUUAGGAAAGUUUCCAUAGUGCUGACAAAAGAGUAGUGGUGUAUAAAAAUUUUUAAACAAUAAAAAAAAAAAAAGAAACAAGAACACAAGGUUAAUUAGAAAAACUUAAACGAAAUAGGGAAAAAAAAAAUAAAAUUUGGAAAAAUGUUGAAGAAGGAAGAAGAUGUGGUGUAAAAAAUAGGAGAAUAGGUGUACGUGUUUGGGUUUGUGUGGUGUGUAAAUGCAAUUUAAAUUGGGAUAACAAAAUAAAAAUAUUGAAAGAACAUAAAGAAAAAAGCACCAUUUUAAGUUUUUUUUUUUUUAUAAAUUUUGUUGAUAAAUUAAUUUUUUAAUAUAAAAUAUAAAAUACAAAAAAACGAAAAUGGAAUAAAAUAAAAAUUUCUGUUUCUCUUCAAAAAAAAGAUCGAAAAAAAAAAUAGGCACAACCAAUAAAAACAACAACACGACCAAUAACAACAACACAAAAAAGAAAUCCAAACACACCACUCACAAAAUCUGAAAUCAUGUUUUAUGAAACAUCAUACAGGAUUAAAUGCGUAUGUUUUCAAAUUUUAAGAAAGGCAAAUAAACAGAUAUGAAAAAUUUUAAACAGUUGAACAGUUAAACAGUUGCAUAAAUUAUGGAAAAUAGUUAAAAUAAAAUAAAGACCAAAAAAGGGGACACUAACUUGUAAAAACUCAAAUAUAUCAGCAACAAGAUGAAGUAGUGCUUGUGCCAAAAUAAAACAAAAUAUUAUAAUUAAAAAACAGUUAAUAAAAACAGUCAAUAAAAAAAAUCUCAAAUCAAUAACAAAAACAAAUAUUGAUUCAAACUAAAAAAAACUCAAUCUAUAAAGAUGAAAAGAACAAACUUUUUAUUUUAGUUUCUAUUGGAUGUGGCGAAACUCAAGAUAUUUGAACCAGAAGUCAUCAUCAAAUUAAAAAAUUUAAACACUCCUCUACUACUGGUCAAAAGCUCUCUAAAUAAUAAUGAUCAAAAUCUAUGGAUUGGACUAUUUAAAAAUUAAGAAAGUAACUUCAUUAGAGGAGGAAAACAAAGUAUUUACGCAUGAAGAAGGGUGAAUUAAUUUCAAAAUAGCCCGUAUUCACAAAAAAAAAAAAACAAACAAACAAAUUUUAAGGAAAUUUUUUUUUUAAUUUUUUAAUAAGAUUUUUUAUAUAAACCAUAACAGUAUAAUAUAUGUAUGUAUACAUAUAGACUCUAUACAAAAAAAAUGUUUUUAAUUUCUUACAAUGAUAAUUUAAUUUAAAAUUUUAUUAAAAUUAAUAAAAAAAAAAAUAAACUGAAAGCUGAAAAAUUAAAGAAAAGCUGAAAAAAGAAACAAAAAAAUAAAAAAAUGUCGAUUAAAAUUAGCUGUGAUCCAUAUGAGAACUCAUUAUUCUCAAUUAGUUUAAGUCCACGUCGUGAUGUCGCUAAGAAACGUUUACGAUCAUCAUCAUUAUUAUUAUCUUCAACAAUAACAAGAACAAUUACAACAACAUCAUUAUCGUCAUUAAUAUCAACAAGAAAAUCAACUUUAUUAUCAUCAUUAUCAUUGUCGUCAACAUCACCUUCAACAUCAACGAUACUAAUUCAAUUUGAUUUGUCAGCAAUAUCAUUAUCAUCAUUAUUAUUAUUAUCAUCAUUAACAAAAACAACAGCAACAUCAUCGAAAAAUAGAAAAAAAAUAAUUAUAAUAAAAUUAUUGAAAAUUCUACAAAAAAUAAUUAAUAAUGAAAUUAAGAAAAUUUUAAUAAUAAAAUUAUGUAAAAAAACUAAUAAUAUAGAUAAUGAAAUUAUUAUUAAAAAUUUUUGUAUCAAUAAUAUUACUUUUCAAUUAUUAAAAUAUUAUAAUAAUGAUGGUGUACAAAAUUAUUAUAAUUAUUAUUAUGAUAAAUUAAAAAAAUCAAUUUAUAUUAAGAAACACAUAAAUGAAAAAUAUCAAAAACAUUAUCAUCAAUUUAAAUAUAUUAUAAAAUUUAAAGAGCAAAUAAUAUUUAUAAUAAUAAAUAAUAGUAAUUAUAAUGAAUAUAAUAAUAAUCACAAAAUUUUAAAUAUAAUACAAUUAGUAAAUAAUAUUAGUUAUACUGCCAAAAUUCAAGCUAAUAAAUAUAUAUAUACAAUUAAUAAUAACAAUAUUAAUAAUAAACAAAAUAUUGAUAUUAAAAUGCCAGUUUUAUUAUCAUCAUCAACGUCAUCAUUAUCAAAUCCACUACAAAUAACAACCGGAAUGACAACAACAUCAAAAAAUAUUACAAAAACAUCAACUUUUAUAAAUAAUAAUAUAAUAAAAUCAAAAAUAUAUUUUUUAAUAUUACCAUCAAUUUCAUUAUUAUUAUCAUUAUCAUCCUUUACACUUAUAUUAUUAUUAAUAAUAUUAUUAAAUAAUAACCGUUAUAAUAAUAUAGCAAUAAUUGUAAUAAAAUUUAAUAAUACUUUAAUAAAAAAUUUAAAUGGAAAUAUAUUAAAUAAAAGCACUAAAAUAAUUAAAAUUUUGUUAUUAAAUAUAAAUUAUAAAAAAUUAAUUAAAAUAAAAUUUCAACAAAAACAAAACCAAUUGCAACUAAAAAAACAACCAGAACAAUAUAACUCACAAUUAUAUCAUCAAAAUUACCAAAAGCAUCAAAAUCAAAUACGAUUAGUGUAUAAUGAAAUUAAAUUUCAUCAAAAAUGUGGAAAAGAAAAAUUUAAUAAUAAUAAUAAUAACACUAAUAAAAGAACUUUAUUUAAAAAAUAUAAUAAUAUUCAGAAUAAUGAUUAUAAUAAUAAUGGUAAUAAUAAUAAUAAUAUUAAUAAAAAUAAUGAUAAUAAACAAAACAAUGAUAAUAUUAAUACAACUAAUAGUAAAAAUAAAAAUAAUAAUUAUAGUCUUGAUAUUCAUAACAAUAGUAAUUUAAAAAUUGAAAAUCCUAAACGAUAUCUAAUAGUAGUAGCAGCAUUAUUAGUAACAUUAAUAGUAAUAUCAGUGAAAUUAUAA